GCCGUUACUUUGGCGUCUGAGCCGGGAGGUGUGGAGGGGUACGGGACAGAGAGCGGCGGCGGCGGCGGCGGCGGUCGCACGGCGCGGCGGCCCGAGACCGGGCAGCGGGCCUUCGCCAUGCCAGGGAUGGUGCUCUUCGGCCGUCGCUGGGCCAUCGCCAGCGAUGACUUGGUCUUCCCGGGGUUCUUCGAGCUGUUCCUGCGAGUGCUGUGGUGGAUUGGCAUUCUGACUUUGUACCUCAUGCACAGAGGGAAGCUGUACUGUGCUGGUGGGGCUCUGCUCAGCAGUUACUUGAUCGUUCUCCUUGUUCUCCUGGCAGUCGUUAUAUGUACGGUGUCAGCCAUUGUGUGUGUCAGCAUGAAAGGAACCAUCUGUAAUCCUGGACCACGGAAAUCUAUGUCUAAGCUGCUUUACAUCCGCCUGGCACUCUUCCUGCCAGAGAUGGUCUGGGCUUCCCUGGGGGCCAUUUGGAUAUCAGAUGGUGUUGAGUGCGACAGGACAGUUGUAAAUGGCAUCAUUGUGACUGUCACUGUCAGCUGGAUUAUCAUCGCCUCCACUGUGGUCACCAUUAUCAUUGUCUUUGACCCACUGGGGGGGAAAAUGGCUCCAUAUUCCUCUGCUGGUCCCAGUCACCUGGAUAGUCAUGAGUCGAGCCAGUUCCUUAAUGGCCUUAAGACAGCAGCUACAAGUGUGUGGGAAACCCGAAUCAAGGUCCUGUGCUGCUGCAUCGGGAGAGACGAUCAUACUCGAGUUGCUUUUUCGAGUACGGCAGAGCUUUUCUCAACCUACUUCUCAGACACAGACCUGGUGCCCAGUGACAUCGCGGCAGGCCUCGCCCUUCUCCACCAGCAACAGGACAAUGUCGGAAACAACUGGGAGCCUGAUGAGGUGAUCAGCCACUCCCCGGAGCCCUCCCAGGAAGCUGGUUUGGAUGCAGAACUGGAAAACUGCCACCACUUUAUGCAGUUUGCAGCAGCUGCCUAUGGGUGGCCUCUCUACAUUUAUAGAAACCCGCUUACGGGGCUGUGCAAGAUUGGUGGUGACUGUUGCAGAAGCAGGACAACAGAAUAUGAUUUGGUCGGUGGUGAUCAGCUCGACUGUCACUUCGGCUCCAUCCUGCACACGACAGGACUGCACUACAGGGACUUCCUUCACAUAAGCUUUCAUGACAAGGUCUAUGAGCUCCCCUUCCUGGUGGCCCUGGAUCACAGGAAGGAAUCCGUGGUGGUGGCUGUGAGAGGAACCAUGUCUCUCCAUGACAUCCUUACGGACCUGUCAGCAGAGAGCGAGACCCUCAGCUUAGAGUGUGAGGUGCAGGACUGUUCGGCACACAAGGGGAUUUCUCAAGCCGCCAGAUACAUUUACCAACGACUCAUCAACGAUGGGAUUUUGAGCCAAGCAUUCAGCAUUGCUCCUGAAUACCGGCUUGUCAUUGUGGGGCACAGCCUGGGGGCAGGCGCUGCAGCCCUGCUGGCUAUCAUGCUCAGAAACUCUUACCCACAAGUCAGGUGUUACGCCUUCUCCCCACCCAGGGGGCUGCUGAGCAAAUCCCUUCACGAAUACUCUAAGAACUUCAUUGUGUCACUCGUCCUGGGCAAGGAUGUGAUUCCCAGGUUAAGUGUGACCAACCUAGAAGAUUUAAAGAGGAGAAUCCUGCGAGUGAUUGCUCACUGUAACAAGCCCAAGUACAAGAUCUUGCUGCACGGGUGCUGGUAUGAGCUGUUCGGAGGGAACCCUGACAACUUUCCAACUGAACUGGAAGGGGGCAACCAGGGAGACCUGACACAGCCCCUCCUUGCGGAGCAGAGCCUGCUGGCGCACGGGUCCCUGGCCUACAGCUUCUCCAGCGACUCCCCGCUGGAGUCCCCUACCAAGUACCCCCCGCUCUACCCUCCAGGCAGGAUCAUCCACCUGCAAGAGGAGGGCCCUUCAGGGAGGUUUUGCCACUGCUCUGCUACUCAGUACAGUGCCAAGUGGUCACAUGAGUCAGAGUUCAGCAAAAUACUCAUUGGCCCCAAGAUGCUAACGGACCACAUGCCUGACAUCCUGAUGAGAGCCUUGGACAGUGUGGUGUCUGACAGGGCUGCGUGCACCUCCUGUCCAGCUCGAGGCUCUGCUAUGGAUGCGGUGUGACCAGGGCUACUGGAUGCCACUCCAGGACAAUGGACUUGCACUGCUGCUCUUCAGCUGAGUGUCUGCGCCUCCCAGAUGCCUGAACCUUGGGUGACACUCUCAGCACGAGCAGUAUCAGGAGAGCACGGGGUGCUGGGGCAGAAUGGGCACGUGGGAAGCUUCAGGAAGCCCCUUCUUGUUGGCCUGCUGCUUCCACCCCAGGAGAGGGUGGGAACCCAAAGGGCCAGGUUUAAGGCCCUAGUGGAUCUGUAGACUCCCACCCUUCAGGACACCUUUUCAGGGACAGCGUCUUCUCUUUACCACUGUUUUAAAGUCUGAACUUGGCAGACUGGUGUGUGUACUUUGCAACUGGAUUCUCCUGGUAACAUGAUCACACUACUGUUGUGAGGGCAUAGACUGGGCUUUUCUCCCUGGUGGCGUAUGGGACAGCCCUGAGCUCUGAUUAGGAAUCAAGACAAAAGCAGGGUGGGGAAUGAGUGGAGACUCUGCUCCUGGUCACCUCCAGCCCCAGCACUCCGCUCCUUGUUUCCAUGGCCCAGCUGUCUCAUCACCAGCAGCCAGUUAAUGAAUGCUCAUGGAAAUUCUGGCUCAUGGCAGUCAGCCAGUAGAUUCAAAGAAAGUAAAACAGACACCUCAUUAGUAUCUAUGCAGUGACAUGCUUUUCUACUGGAUGUUUCCAGGAAGGUCUAUUUUACUGGGUGAUUUAGAGUGAUCAUGUUUUAAACUUUUUUCCUGUCUCCUGCAAACAACAAAAUAAAGUCUUUCAUUUUCUUAGA